AUGUUUUCACUAAAAACCAGCAGAACGUUGAUUGCAACAGCUGAUUAAAAUGGCAGAUUCCAAGCAAAGCUACGUUAACAGCUUGGAAUCUUAUUUCAGGCAGAUGUGUCAAACAUACCUAAUUCCAAACGACACGUGCAUGCAUUGGUGGAGUGUUAUUGAAGAAAAAUAUUCCGAGUUAAAAAGGCACUACCACACACUGGAUCACUUGAAAGAUAUGUUUGAUCAUUACGAAAAGUGGUUUAACAAUCUGCGUAACCCCACUUCAGUUGCAUAUGCAAUUUUCUUCCACGACAUCAUUUAUGACCCAACAUUGGACACUAAUGAGAUGAAGAGUAUUGAAUGUUUCAAAGAAUUUGCCAGCCAGGGUGCUCUGUCAGAAGAUCUUCAAAAAGAAGUUAUUGAAAACAUUCAGGCCACCAUUACUCAUGUACCAGAAGUAUCUGGGGAUAAAAAAGAUUCAGAUGUUUUGUUUUUUCUUGACUUUGACAUGGCAGUAUUAGGAAAAGAAGAAAGGGGCAAGUAUAGUCUACAUAAAAUGCUCAACACAUAUUACAACAGAUAUGCAAGUCAGAUUCGGCUGGAAUAUUCUCAUUUAUCAGAUGAUACAUACAAAGCAAAGAGAGCUCAGGUGCUGGAAGGUUUUCUUUCUAGAGAACACAUUUUCACUACAAAAGAGUUUCAAAAGCAGUAUGAAGCCCAAGCAAGAAAAAAUAUUUGCAAUGAAAUUUCUCAAUUACGAACUUAAUAAUUAACAUAUUGAAUCGGGGUUCAUCCGGGUCAUGAAAAUCCUGGAAAGUCAUGGACUUAGCAAAUGACAUUUUCCAGGUCUGGAAAGUUAUGAAAUUUCCAAGAAAGUCAUUGAAAAUGAUACAUGUUUUUUAAGAAUCCUCAUUUAAAAUAACACAACAAGAGAAACUGUUUGUACCACACAUUGUGAAAUUAUGUUGAUGACUGGAAAAAUUCUAAAAACUGUCAAGAAGAAUGCAGAAAUUUUGUACACAUGUAACUAAGUGUAUGAAAGAAAGAAAUGUUUUAUUUAAUGACGCACACAACACAUUUUAUUUACGGUUAUAUGGCGUCAGACAUAUGGUUAAGGACCACACAGAUUUUGAGAGGAAACCCGCUGUCGCC